AUGAUACCCGCCCGCGCCGGGCAGCUGCUGCUGAGGGCCCCCCAGCCAGGGGGGCCCCCCAGCAGCCUCCCGCGCCGCCUCUUUGCUGUUUUUCAUGACCCUUUUCUUUCGAACUAUCCGCAGCAGCAAGAGGGGCCCCGAGAGGGCCGCCAGGGGCCCCCUGGGGAGGCCCCUGCGGCCCCUGCAGCAGCAGCAGCAGCAGCAGCAGCAGCAGCGACAGCAGCAGCCGCGAGCGCGCCGUACCCCGGGGCUGCCAAGUCCCUCUUCGACAACGCCGGGGGGCCCCCCCUGGGGGCCCCCGCGGGGUCUCCCAUGGGGACUCCCAUGGGGGCCCCUCUGGGGGCCCCCCUGGGGGCCCCCGGGGGGCCCCACACCCCCAGCUCUUACGAGGCAGCGCAGCAGGGGCCCCCCUACGGGCAGUUCCCUGCUGCUGAGGGCCCCUCGGGGUCUUAUGGGGCCCCCUUUGGGUCCUUUCCGGGUUCGGGGGGCCCCCCUGAGGGGCCCUACGGGGCCCCCCCUUAUGGGUACGCGGCCUCUCUCCCGCCGUACCCUGUUUACCCCGCGGGGGGCCCCCCCUACCCGGGGGCCCCCCUGCAGGGCAUAGGGUACUACCCGUCCCCGGCUGCAGUGGGGGCCCCCUACGGGGUGGGGGCCCCCUACGGGUUGGGGUUCCAGGGGCCCCCGGCGGGGUGGGGGCCCCCCGCGUCCGGGGGGGCCCCCUGGGGGGCCCCCCCGGGGGGCCCCCCAGGGGGGGGCCCCCCCCGAGGGUCCAGCCGGUCGAGCGGGGGGGCCCCCGGCGGGGGGGCCCCCGGGGGCCCCGGGGGCCCCGGGGGCCCCGGGGGCCCCCUGACUGCGCGGCAGCGGCAGCGGCAGUUUGUCCGCGCGCUGCCGCUGCUGCUGCGCGCUGCUGCAGCGCAGCAGCUGCCCCGCGACAGCAGCAGCAGCAGCAGCAGCGGGCUGCUGCAGCAGGAGCCGCAGCAGCAGCAGCAGCAGCAGCAGCAGCAGCUGUACACGGCCAAGCGCGUCAAGGCCACCUGGGGCGAGCUGCUGCAGCGGCUCGCCCCGCUGCUGGGCAAGUACGAAGUGCUGCAGCUGCUGCAGGUGCUGCAGGGGGUUUCUUCUUUGGCCAACAGGAGGAUUAUCCGCGACAACGAUCUCCUCACUUUGACUCAAG